AUGAACGUGGUGCACAGAGACAUCAAGCCGGAAAACCUGCUGGUGUCGGAGUAUCCCCUUGGCACCGAGUCUCUCAAACUGGGGGACCUCGGUCUCGCAACCGUGGUGGAAGGUCCUCUGUAUACCGUGUGUGGGACGCCAACUUCAAAGGUACAGUGUAAAAGUGGACAUCUGGGCUGCGGGCGUCAUGGCUUACAUCCUCCUGUGUGGGUUCACUCCUUUCAGAAGAACACGGCGCUGGAUAAGGAGACCCUCCAGCUGCACCAGUCGGGACCUCAGAGGUCACCUGACCCCACCAUCACCCCAACCAAAUGGGAGGAAUGUUCUCCAACACACACGCUGACACCGACAGAUGUUGGAACGGCGCCCCCCAGUGGUAGCAGCGUGUCUUCCCCGCUGGACGUGUCUCCUUCAUCCACUCCCUCGUCUCCUACGGGCCUCCUCCUGUCAAACAUGUCGUCUUCCUGCCCCUCGCCUUCCCCGACCAGCGAGCGGCGUCCUCGCAGCCCGCCCUCUUCCCGUCUUCUCCCUCCACCCCGCCCGCCUCCGCCUCGCCCCCGUCACCCAGCUUUGUGGCCCUCGAAAAACGAGUCACCACGGAGCUCGUGGAAGGACUUUAGGAUGUUGUAAAACAUCAAGACUUCUAUUUGUUUUUAUUUAUUGAGAAGGACUCAAGACCGAUGAACUGUUGCCUAAUGCAGGGUUCCCAUUAUGUGAAGCAUUGUUAUUAUUUAUUAUUAUUACUAUGAA